AAAAAAAAUGUGAUUUUGGUAUUUUCUUUUUUGUGCGUGUUUAUAUUUGUGAAUGUAUUUGACAAUAAAAAGAAUUAUCCCAAUUUGAAUGGAUUUAAUCGAGAUGUGAUGAAAAACAAUUUUUUUUUUGUGAAAAUAUUUUUGUGAAUGUCCGUGACAUGGAAAUUUAGAAAUAAACCCUUGAAUGGGAGUGGCCAACAUUCCAGAGCAGAAAGAUCAGCUGGAGAACAACAAGAAUAAUAAUAAUAAUGAAUGGAUCAGUUUGAUGUCAAUGAACGGAAAAAUGGAGAUGUCAAAGGUGAAGGGUGAGGAUUUCAUAACGGUGGUCAGUGUGGGAACACAGGGUGAAACAAAAACAAAUAAUAAUAAUCAUCCUGAUAAUUUUGUCACUGUUCUUUCAAUUGGUACAAGCGGAAAUAAAGACAAUGAAACAACAAAAUCCCUUACAAAUGGAGUGGAUCCACAUCUUGAGGAGGAAGUUGAAGUUUAUCGUUUACCAGGCGAACGUCUUGGUUUUGGCCUUAAAUUUGAGGGUGGCAAUAAAACAUCAGAGAGAGUUAAACGACUUUUUAUACAAAGUUGCGCCGAUCAAAGUCCAGCGAGCAGGACCAAAUGCUCCUGGGGCUGUCUUGGCGAAGGAGAUGAGAUUCUCUCAAUUGACGGUGUACCAGUGAUUCUUAUGACUCGUUUGGAUUGUGUUCGAAGACUAAAAGAAUCACAAUUGGUAAUAAAAUUGAUUGUAAGAUGUCGCGGUGCAUUGAGACCGGAAGUGGUUAGUGCAGAAAGAAAAUCAUCACCACCAACAGCAUCAAUGGAGAAGAAUAAAAUACCACCUGAAUUACCAUUGGCACCACCACCAGUGCCACCAAGAAAAUUGAGACAUCCACGUGGAUUGGCUGAUGGUGAGGCAAAUCCAAGUCCCGUAAAAAAAACAUCAUCAUCAUCAUCAGCAACAUCAUCCUGGGAUCCUAUGAAAUCCGUUCCCACGUCCCAAAAUGGUUCGCCACAAUCGCAAUCGAGUUUUCUUGGAAGCAGUUGUAACAGCAAUAGCAGUAAAACCUCCGCUUACGAGAGUUGUUAUUCAUCGCCAAAGAGUGGUAUUAAUUCAAAAAAUGAAAGCCCAAAAGCAAUGCCCAAGGAUUAUUCAUCUGAUGCCAAAUUCAAACAGGAGCCACCCGAGGCAAUGGUGUACCUAGACGCAAGAAUUCAGGACGCAUCAAGCACACAUGGAAGCACAUCAGACGAGACAAGCAGUUCCCUCUCGACAGUUGUCGACAGAUUUUCCAUCUCUGAUCGAGUCUCAACAAUUUCCACUGCCUCAACAGCAUCAAUCGCUGGCUCCGAGCAAUAUUGCACAUCGGACAACACCAAAGGGAAUAGUCAUCAUCAUCAUAAUCAUCAUUGCAACGACAACAAUAAUAAUAACAGCAGUAGUAGAAGUAGUAGUGUAAAAGAAUUCUUGAUAGACGCUGCUCUAACAAUGACAACGGGAAUGUUGGCACCACUCGAUCAAUUGGAACUCGAAUUCACCACAAAUCCACCCGACUAUCUACUAAAUCGUCUCGCUAAUUCUGAAGCCGUCACUCAUGUUGAAUCAAGAGGCGACGUUGAACGUGUCACUGCUGUUGUCGCUCCAAAUACUGUUCUCAUUGAAGAGACCAUUACCCUACAGCCACCGCUCAGCUUUCAGGAUGCGCCACUCAGCUAUGGUCAUGAAUUGAGUCCAGGUAUUUUUUACACUGAUCUUGCUGCCGAUUCAAAGACACAUUUUCGGCCAAUUAAAGACGAUGCAUCGAUUGUUGAAUCAAUUGUCAAUGGAGAUGUUGAUCAUUCGAUCAUUGAUGAUCAUUCUACUAUUGACGAUUCGAUUAUUGAUGAUCACAAUCGUCAUCAUCAUCAGGUGACGAAUUCUGAUGCGCCACCGUUACCAAUUAGAAAUCACGUUAAUAGAAUUUCUGUAAAUCAACAAAAUGGAAGAUCCGAUAAUGAUGACGAUGAUAUUGUAUCGGGAACGCCAAUUUUGCCUCCAAAGCCAAUGCCUAGAAAGGAUCUCAAGGCUAGAAGAAAGAGACCACCACCGCCUCCACCUCCACCACCUAAUUCAAUUCCAAGACGAUCUGUACCUGUACCGCCGAUAGAGAGGGAUCUUAAUUCAGAAAUUGAUUUCAAUUUGGAAAAAAAUCCAAAGAAGACGGAUAAUUUAGCUGAGAAAAUAAAUUUCAAUGAGGAAGAAGAAGUUUCGCAAGAAUCGAGGGAUUUGACAGAGGUAUUUGCCAAACAGAAUGGGGAAUCAAAUUUUGAAAAGGUGAUAGAAUUGGAAAAUUCGAGAAUAAUGGAAACAUGCUCCGAUGAACAUUUGGGAAAGGAAGGGAGUUUGGAAAUUGGUGAUUCGGAAAAGGAAGGGAAUUUGGAUAAUGAUUCUAAUUUCCCGAUGGUGGGAAAUUUAGAUAGGGGAUUAAAUUUAGAUGAAGGAUCGAGUCUAGAUAAAGGAGCAAAUCUAGAUAAAGUAGCAAAUCCAGAUAAAGGAUCGAAUCUAGAUAAAGGAUCGAAUCCAGAUAAAGGAUCGAAUCUAGAUAAAGGAUUAAAUCCAGAUAAAGGAUUGAAUCCAAACAAGGGAUCAAAUCCAAACAAAGGAUCAAAUCCAGAUAUGGUAGCAAAUUCAGAUAAAGGAUCAAAUACAGAUAAGGUAGCAAAUUCAAAAAAAGGAUCAAAUCCAUCUAAAGGACCAAAUCCGGAUAAAGUAGCAAAUCCAGCUAAAGGAUCAAAUCCAGCUAAAGGACCAAAUCCUGCUAAUGAACCAAAUCCGGAUAAGGUAGCAAAUUCAGAUAAAGGAGCAAAUCCAGAUAAAGGACCAAAUCCAGCUAAAGGACCAAAUCCAGAUAAAUUAGCGAAUUCAGCUAAAGGAUCAAGUCCCCACAAAGGAUCGGAUCCAAAUAAAAAAUCAAAUUCAAAAUCGGAAUUAAAUUCCACUAAAGAAUUAAUAAAUAAAUCAUCAAAUGCAAUAGAAAUGGAAUCAAAUUUGAAUGUAGAUGAAAGAAAUUCAAAGAGGGAAAAUCCGAAGGAAUGUGAAAAUGGAUCAAAUAAAAUGACAAACGGUGAAAUGGAGGAAAAUUUUUCAAUUCAAGAAUUACAGACAAAUAAAUUAUUGGAUAUAAUUGAGAUGAAAAUUAAAAUGUCCGAUGAUGCGCAUCAUAAAAAAUCCUCGACGAUCUCCGAGAAUGCGGAGAAUGUACGAUGGAUAAAUGAAAAGAAAAUAGAAAGUGGAAAAUUGAAAAAUAAUUUUCCCAUUAAUGGAAAAAGGAGUACAAAUGAAAUUGAAGAUUAUGAAAACGAAAAAGAGAAGGAUACAAAUAAUAUUGAUGAAAAAAGGGAAGGAAUAAAACAAGAGAGAAAAAUAGAAGAAAGGAAAAAAGAAGAAAUAGAAAAAGAAAUAAAAGGAAAAAUUAGGAAAGAAGUAAAGGGAGAAAUUAGGAAAGAAAUAGAAGAAAUAAAAAGAGAAGAAAACGGAAAUGAAGAAAAUAAAAAGAAAAAUAUAAAAAGAAUGGAAAAGAAAAGCGAAAGGGAAGAAAGUAGAAAACAAAAGACUACAAAAAACGAAGAAAAAAAAGAUGAUACAGAAGAAGAAAUCGAUUUACGAAAAAAAGAAGAUAAUUUGAUUUCGAAUAAGGAACAAGUUUUGAAUCAAUGUAAUGGUUUUGUCAUAGAAAAUAAAGAAAAUCAUCAAAUUGAAGCUAAUAAAGAGGAAAUUAAUGACUGUAAAUUAAUUAUAAACGAAACGCCAAUUGAAAGAUUGGAAAAUAUUUGUUCGGACAUUGAAAAUGUUACACAGGAAAUAGAAAUAAAGAGAUGUUACAAAAGGGAGGAAUUAAUUGACGAUGAGGAUGAUACAAGUGAAGAAAGUGAUGAUGCUGGAGACUAUUAUUGGCAGAGCAAUUUGGCAACAAUUGGAGAAGAGGAGGAAACUAAUUCGUUGGAAUAUAAUAACGCCAAUAAGGAAGUGAAUGACCUUGAAGAGAAAGCAGAAGCGGAAAAAGACAAGUUAAAGAACAUUCCUAGUGUCGUCGUUGUUAAAGAAUGCAACAAAAAUGUACGGGAUGAGGUGGACUUCGUGAGACAAAUCGCAAAGGACUUUGGGACCGAGGAUAAGAAACCGGAUAAAAGCCCAGUAAAUGGUAGAAUGGACAAUUGUGAAGGCGGUCAACGCCUACCCCCCGAUGGGGAUGAAUUUCCAGCAGCUUAUCAGGAAUACACAAAUCCUGGCCAGUAUCAAUUUGUAGCCAGUACAAAUAUAACGACAAUGGCAACAAAUGGAAAUUUAUUAUGUCAAAAUCAGACAUACGUCACAAGCGAAAGUUUUCAUCCAAAGACCAAUAAUAAUAAUCAUAAUAAUAAUAAUAAUCAAUCAUCAAUUGAAAAAAUUCACAUUGUCUCACAAUGUGUUGUCGAUCAUAUUAAUGUCAAUGAUCCCAAAUAUAAACCAAAACCCAUUGUCAUUUCAGAGAGAAAAAUUGAAAUUGCUGGUUAUUAUCCAAAAGAAGUGCCAUCAAUUGAUUCUGAAUUUAAAACAGAUGAUAAUCCACCACCAUUACCACUCACUGAACCACCAAAAGUUGAUAAUUCAUUAAUUCGCAAUAAUUCCGAUCAAUCGACAAGAAAAUUCUCCUCAAAUGGUGAACUUUGGCGACAAGAUGACAAAUCAGAACGAUCAGUGAGGGAUAAAAUUGCAAUGUUCUCAUCGCAAAGUAGCAUUGAGGUUCCUUUAUUUCCUAAUCAAUCGACAAAUUCUACGGGAAAUAAUAAUAGUAAUAGUAGUUGUAGUAAUAAUAGUAAUAAUAGAAGAUUAUCUAAGCACAAAUCAUCAGAUGAUGUUUUCAUUGAUGAGAAAGUACAACAGAAAGAAUUCCCUAAAUCUGUUGAGAGAACUCAAAGCUCUUUUGAUAUUUCCUCAACUAAUCAAGUGACAAGUCCAAUAAAAUUCCCCCAACGACCACCUAGUCUUCCAAAAAGUUCUCCACCAACAGAAUCUGGUUUUAAUUUUUCAAAAUCAAUAACAAAAUCUCCAGAUGCAAAACAGUAUUCAUCAUCGAUUAGUGCCUAUGGAAUUAAACCCUAUAUGAAAAAUAAUUUGGAUUCAUCCAUGGAAUCUGGAUUUAAUAAAUCUUUUGAAACAUUCAAUACGAAGAGUUCAACACCAACUUUGGUUAGAGCGACGAGUUUCUCAGGUGGCAGUAGUUUCAAUCACGAACGUCCGCAGACCUCGAAUGAAGUACUUUCGACACCACAAAUUUCCAGAACAAACUCCUUGGUUUCUACAUUUAGAAAACCAAACGAGGAAUUACGACGAAGUAGUUUAAACCAACUCAUCGAACAGAGGCGAAAGGGAAUAUCAAAAUUACGCGGUCUCGUUAUACCCGAAAAAGACGCUGUUCCGGUCGAUCAAGCCAUCACCGACCUUCCGGAAAUCAAAUCCAGGGAUUCUAUUUUAAUAAAUCAGGUACCAAAGUCAAGUAUCCAAGACAAAUGGGGAUCCCAGAGUUCUCUAGCCAGUAACGCGAGUACAGUAAAUCUUCCCGUAAAAGCAACCACCUCGUUCAAAAUGCCAGCACCUCAAAUUCUUUCAAAAUAUUCACCGGCCUUUAAAAGAAAAAGCCUAUCAGUCUACAAUACAUCAAAUACUAUUUCACCUUCCAAUUACAAUACCAAUACAAAAGUAAUAAAUAAUUCAGCAUUAACUACCGAUGCACCCAAAAGUUUAGAAAGUAUAUGCAGUCCCACAAGAAGUGACUACAGUUUUGAGUAUCUAUCAUCAACAGGUUCACCGGAAAAUGUACGUUGCACAAGACCAAAAUUAGGACAAAAGAAAAUCAGAGAUUACGAUGAUUCCGAUAAUGAUUCAGCUGUCAGUAGUUCACAAAGCAGUAUUUCCCGUGGUUUUAGCCCACCAAUGUCACCAGUACCAUCCGAUAGAUCCACAAUAUCAUCAGACAGAUCAUAUAUUUCAUCAGAAAUGAAUUAUCAACGUCGAACACUAAUUCUCGAUGGCCCUCUGAAAAAUAACGAAUCAAUUAUUUCUGAAGGGAAUACUUUUUCCAGACAAAGUAUUAUUAGCUAUCCAACAUCUUCGGAAAGAUCAUCUUCCAGUGGUAGUUCAAAUCCAAGAUCACCAAUCGAAACUAGUAAAAAUUCUCUAAUACCCCAACGACAAAUUUUGAAACGAACUUGUAGCAACGAUACCAAUUGUAGCAGUUCCUCGACUCUAACUUCUGGAUCCCAGGCAAAUGCAGAAUCUUUAUCGCGAAGAGUUCUAAAACCCCAGAGCGUGGAAGCCAUUAACAGAAAGAACAUUCUUGCAAGUGCCAAAUGUCGAAGUGGAAGAGAUUUGAAUGGAUCGCCUCUAAUUCAAAGGAAAUUUUCCGAUGACGAAGAAGUACCAGAGCAAAAUAACAGUUACCAUAAUCAAGCCAUCAAUGGAAAUGGUGAACAACACGAGGAGGUAAAAAUUGCCUACAUUGAAAUAACAGAGGAUUUCAAUGAGAAACCAAUAGAAAAGCAAGAUGAACCGAAAUUACCACCAAAGAGAAGUAUACCACAACCAGUUGGCAGGCCACCGAAACCCGAAAAUUUAGAACCAUCCAACGAUCUAAAAAUGUGGGUUCGCACUGAAGUGAAAAAUCUCGCUGAAAAGACUUCAAAUGAAAAGACAAUUCAAUUGAAAUCAAGAAGUCGAUCAUCAUUGACAUUGGAUGAGCCAACAGCUACUGAUCUUCUUGGAACGAGAAAUCGAAUAGGCAAUGAAUUAAAUGAGAUGGAGAAAAAUAAAAAUCCCAAUGACAAUGAUUUAUUAACUAUUUUGACAACAAAAAGCAGAUCCAGAUCAGCGAUUCACGUUGAAGAGAGCUGUUAUGGAAAAUCAAAAAGCCAAAUGAGUCUCGAGGAUAUUUUGACAAUAAAAAAUGAGCCAAAAUUAACGCGAACACAAAGUGUCACUAUGGAGACAAAUGGAUCAAAUUUUGAAAAAACAAAUAAAGAUACAAAAUCACGAAAAUCAAAUACAACUGACACGUGGAGUGAUGAAAGAAUAUUUGCGUCAAAAAUUCCCGCUUUAAAUAGACCAAAAGUAAAUUCCGAGGAUUCAUCAACGGAAAUUGGGGAAAAAUCGAGAAAUUUAGUAUCAAAAAUACCAACAUCAAAAAGUUUAGGUCGACGUUCUGCUAGUGUCACCGAUAUGAAAAAGGCAUUUGAAAAAACAGAUUCAAGUGGAAUAAUUUCUCAGCAAAAUCAUAAUCGUUUUCCAAGUUUAGAUAGCAGUGUAACUGAGGAGAAUAUUGAAGGUGUUAAUGAAAGAUUUUCCAAUGAACAAUUUGGUAGUAUUAGUUCAUUGGCAAGUAGUACGAGUUUAAUUUCACAACAGGAAUUAGCACAAUUGGUUGAGGAGGCAACAUUAGAAGAGACACGUGGUUCACAUGAUAUUAUUGUUGUUCUACUUCAUAAGGAGAAUCCAUCGGGUAGCGUUGGUAUAACAUUGGCCGGAGGUGUUGAUUGUGAAGCUAAAGAAAUUACAGUACAUCGUGUAUUGUCACAUUCAAUUGCCGAUAAAGACGGUAGGGUACAAAGAGGUGAUCGAAUUUUAAGCAUUAAUGGCAGAAGUACACGGGGUCUUUCACAUCGUGAAAGUCUUGCUGUUCUAAAACAACCUAGGUCCGAGGUGGUGCUAGUCGUAUCAAGAGCAAGAUUAGAAGAUGGAUGUAAAUUAAGAGCACGUACCGAAAGUGUCGAGACUAUUGUGGAAGGAUAUGAGAUGAAUGGUGGGGUUGAAAACACAGCAUGGGGACCACCUUCGACUGUAGCAAUUUAUAAAGAUGGAGCUGGUCUCGGAUUUAGUCUGGAGGGUGGAAGGGACAGUCCUCUUGGUGAUAGACCUUUAAUAAUUAAAAAAAUAUUCACAGGAGGUGCUGCAGAAAAAACAGGUGCUUUAAAAGCAGGUGAUCAAUUACUCGAAGUAAAUGGAAAUGACGUUACAAAAAUGUCAAGGAUAGAAGCGUGGUCCUUAAUGAAAAAAUUGCAUGAUGGAGAAGUAAAUCUCCUAGUCAGGCACCCUGCCACAAAGUCAUCGUGAAUGGUAGUCAAUCCUUUUUUUCUAUUAUAUAAAAAUAAGCAUAAAAUAUGGUAGAAAAAAAAUAAAAAACGACUGCAUAGCUUUAUUUCUAUACUCUAAAAAAAAGCUUUCAAUUUUGAAAAAUAUUUAAUUUCUUUUUCAAUACCGAAAAAACACUAAUUAUUUUUUUUUUUUUGUUAUUUAUCCGUAGAUUCUGACACAGUUUUUUUUCUUUUACUGUUCUAUAUAUAAGUUAAUAUUGUCAAUUUUAGAAUAGAAAUAUUAUACAUAUAUUUGAUUUUAUUAUUUGUGUGUGCUAUUAUUUUUUAAUGAUACAAAUGUAUACGCAAUUCUUGUUAUAAGUCUUGAACUGCUUGAACACCAAAAUGAAAAUGCCUUAAAAGAUUAAAAAUUUCAUUAUUUUAUAGUGAAAUAUAAAAUAUUCUUUAUAUCAUUUUCAUUUCUUGAAAAUAUCAGGGUAAAAAAUUAUUAAAAAAUAAUUUAUGGGAAAAAUAAGAAUUCAUUUUCCACAUUUCCGAUUUUUUUUUUUGUAAACAAAUUGACUGUAAAUGCCUAUUAUAGACCCCUAUUUUUCUAUUAUUACAAUACAUCUAGUAAAUAAUAAUAAAAAAAAAUUAAUGACAGUGCAAUACAUUAACAAAGCAUAUUUAAAAGUAUAUAUUCUUUAUAUAAGAAAUAAACUGACGACAGUUUGAAAAAAAUUGACACAUUUUUUACACCAUGAAUUUUAUUAAUCUAGAUUAAAUAUAUUUUUUGUAAAUAUCCACUGGAUAUAAAAGUUUAUGUAUUAUAGUAGGAAGAUUCUUUUUUUUGAAACAAUUCUAAAAAAAAAAUAUCUCCAUUCUUUUUAGAUACAUUAUUAAUUCCCAGUUUUUUUUUCUAUGUAAAUAGUUUUUAAAAAAGAGAAAAAAGGGAUGUAUAAAAAAAAUUAUAAUGUAUGAAUGAAGAAAAAAUUUUAAGUGCGAAAUGAAAAAACAGUGACAUAGAUAAUAUAAAAAUUGUUAUUAAUAUAAGAAAACUAUAUAUUAUUAUUGGAGUAUUUAAAUGAGGUAAAAAAAAAUGUAAAAGUAAAUAUUAUAUAUAUAUAUAUUUGGAUUCGCCUUUGUUGUAAAUCGUGCUGUGAUAAAUGUGUGUGGCAAACAUUCGGCAUAGGGCUUAAUUACCAUAUUAUUAAUUUUUUCAAAUUAACUCGUGUAGUUGAUUAAUAUACAAUCUAACAAAAUAAAUAAGUUGCAGUUUUUUUUUUUAAUUUACUUUUUUUGUGUUUGGUGUCUGCUGUUAUGUAUGCAUCUCUAAAACUAUAAAUGUUUUUUCUACAAUUAUUGUUGAUUUGUAAAGCGAAUUACUCUCGAGUGUAGCUUCUGAUAAUAUAAUAAAUCUUUUAAAAAUA